AUGUCAGGUUGGGAAGAACGUGCAGCAAAAAAGCGUCAGGCUCUCCACGAUUCUAUUCCGCCAGAGUGGAGAAUCCCGGCCGAGUUGUUGCCAGCCGACGAUGUAGACGAUGUCACAAGCUUUCCAGAGCAGUCGGGAUGGUUCAGCUCGGAGGAACUGGCCAUUACGGGAUCCAGUGCUCUUGGCUUGCUUUCCAAACUUUUGACCGGUGAGAUAAAGUCCGAGACAGUGACCAGGGCGUUUUGCAAGCGUGCCUCAGCAGCACAUCAAUUAACAAACUGUCUCUCUGACACAUGUUUCGAGCGCGCGCUUGAGACUGCCAAAAAGCUCGAUGAGCACUUGGCGCGUACAGGCAAACCUGUCGGCCCACUCCAUGGCCUGCCCAUCUCUCUCAAGGAUAAUUUUAAUCUGUGCGGUCUAGACGCGACUGUAGGCUUUGUGAGCCAUAUUGGGGAGCCCGCUGAAUAUGAUGCCGCGUUGGCAGAACUGCUGUGUGGCGCUGGCGCCGUAUUCUAUGUCAAGACCAACGUGCCCACGGCUAUGAUGAUUGCCGAGUCCGUAAACAAUGUCUUUGGGCGGACAGUCAACCCAUUGAAUCGAAAACUCACAAGUGGCGGGUCUUCGGGCGGCGAGUCUGCCCUCGUCGUCUUCAAGGGCAGCCCCUUAGGCAUUGGCACGGAUAUUGGCGGCUCGUUGCGGAUUCCUGCUGCAUGUACGGGAUUGUUCACUUUGAGACCUAGUUUUGGCCGCUUCCCGACAUUGGGUUGUCGCUCCGGCAUGCCCGGGCAAGAGGCAGUCCAGAGCGUAAAUGGUCCCCUGACGCGGACCCUGGAUGACCUGGAGUUCUACUCUAAGACGGUUGUAGACUCGGAACCGUGGCUUGUUGAUCCGCGAUGUGCCCCUAUACCUUGGCGCGCCAUCGAGUUGCCCAAACGACUGAAGAUUGCGGUGAUGUGGAAUGAUGGCGUGGUGCUGCCCACACCACCCGUGACCCGGGCACUCAAGAUUGCCGUGGACAAGUUAAAGGCUGCCGGCCACGACGUUGUGGAUUGGUCGCCUGAGGAUCAAUUCGAGGGCUUGGACUUGCUUGGACGCAUGUUCGUAGCUGAUGGCGGCAAUGCCAUCACGAAAGAGAUUGAGCGAUCGGGAGAGCCAUGGCGGCCUGAAAUGAGAAUGUACGAAACUGCAAAGGACAUCAGUACGUCUGAGAUGUGGCGGCUACAUCUCGAACGUGUUGCUUUCCAGAAGCGGUAUCUCGACCGCUGGAAUAAGGCAGGUAUCGAUGCCAUUUUGUGCCCUACUACACCAUAUAGUAGCGUGGAGAACGGGAAGUUUCAACAUGUUGGGUAUACAGGCGUAUACAAUGUUUUGGAUUAUGCGUGCAUGUCAUUUCCGUCCGGAGUAUCGACUGAUGCGGAACUCGACAAGGCACUUGGAGAGUCUUAUCAAGGAUUGAAUGAUAUGGAUCGCAUGGUACAAUCAGACUAUAAUCCGGCUGCGGUGCAUCGUAUGCCAGUGAGUUUGCAAUUGGUUGCUAGAAGACUUGAGGAAGAAAAGGUCAUCGCAAUGACUAGGGUCAUACUGAAUGCGAUAGUCUAA